GCUUCAGUUGGCAGCACUGCAGUAUUUUGAUUGACGCAAUAGCUACUACCAUUAUUUCACAUAAAUGUAGUGAAUUAAACGCAAUUAAAUUCUAUUUGCGCUAAUUAGAUUUGCGCGUCGCGAUCCCUAAAGUAUUGCGCGACGUGUCUUUUAUCUUACUAACACAGUUUACACGACCAAAGAGCGAGAAAAGAAGCAAAAAUGACGCUUGAUGGUAACAAGGACGAGGCUGAGAAAUGCAUAGCGAUAGCUCAAAAUGCAUUUACAGCAGGGAAUAUGGAGAAAGCAGAGAAAUUUCUGCUUAAAGCUGAGAGAUUAUACCCUACUACGCAUGCUAAAGAGUUGUUGACGCGAGUUAGGGCUGCGGGGCCGUCUACAGCGGCUCCUAAAAAGACACCACCUUCGAGUCCUAGUGCUGAAGAGGUGAGGAGACGGAAAACUCCUGCUCAUCAGCCUCCACAGAGGGAAUACACUGCGGAACAGCAAGAGGCAGUUCGUAGAGUGAAUAAGUGCAAGGAUUUCUAUGAAAUUUUGGGCGUAUCAAAGGAAGCUACAGACUCGGAUAUCAAGAAGGCCUACAAGAAGUUGGCGCUCCAACUACAUCCAGACAAGAACCAUGCCCCGGGAGCUGGGGAAGCUUUCAAGGCGAUAGGCAACGCGGCAGCCAUAUUGACAGACGCGGAGAAACGCAAGCAAUAUGACUUACGCGGCGAAGAGCCAACUCAUGCGCCGACCACCCAUCACCAGUACUACUCGCGAGGGUUCGAGUCGGAUCUCACUGCUGAAGAGUUGUUCAACAUGUUCUUUGGGGCUACAGCGGCAUUCCCCGGCGGCGGCGGCGCCCACGUGUACGCCCGCAGACGAGCCCGGGAGCCCGAGCCUCGCGAGCACGCCGGCCUCGUGCAGCUGCUCCCAGUCCUCGUGCUCGUGCUGCUGUCCAUGCUCUCCGGAUACUUCAUCAGCGAGCCCGUCUACAGCCUCACGCCCAGCUCCAAGUACCCCGUGCCCAGGGAUACGCAGCAUCUCAAGGUACCAUACUACGUGAAAGAGAACUUCCACACUGACUACCAGGGCUCGCUGCGAAGACUCGAGAUGGCUAUAGAGGAGGAAUAUAUAGUGGGCCUCCGUCACGCGUGUCAGCGAGAACGAAACUACCGCGACAGCAUGGUGUGGAAGGCACGAAACUUCGGCGAUAGCAGGCAAUACGCAGACGCGCAGAAACUGCGCACUCCCAGCUGCGAGAAACUGCAGAAAUAUCACCGAUAGACAGUGAUAAUCACCGAUUUAAGUCAUCUGUAAACACCCCCAAAAGUAUGUGAUAAUCACAUCACCAAAUGAUGGUAAUAUUUGCCCAUAAAUUUCUGUUAAACAUCACCAAUAAAGUUUUUAUUAGUCACCAAAUAUCAGUGGUAAUCACCUGUAUAUGUAUCGUGAUAAUCACCGAUAUAUGUCACUGUUAGUCGCUAAAUGAUGAUAAAUUUCUGUGUAAAUCACCGAUAUACCUAUUAAGUUUGUAUGUCCAACGAUAGUCUUGCUGAUAAUCACCGAUUUAUGCCAUCUAUAAUCACCUGUAAAUGUAUGUAAUAAUCACAUGACCAAAUGAUGGUAAUAUUUGCCCAAAUUUUUUUGUGAAACAUCACCAAUAAAGUUUGUUAUAAUCACCGAUAUGUGUCAGCGAUAAUCACCAAAUCAAGGUGAUGAUUUAUGUCACGGUUAGUCGUUGUCGUCGUAUGAUCAUUCGGUGAUAAAUUUCUGUGAAAAUCACCAAUAAGGUUUUAUUAGUCACCGAAUUUCAGUGAUAAUCACCUGUAACAGUAUGUGAUAAUCACAUCACCAAAUUAUGGUAAUAUUUGCCCAUAAAUUUUUGUGAACAUCACCAAUAUAUGUCUGUAUAAUACUGUUAAUCACCGAAUGAUGGUGAUAAUUGCCGAUACAUUUCUGUGAAAAUCACCGAUAUUUUUUUGUAUUAAUUAUCGUUAAGUGUCAGUAAUAAUCACCGAUAAAUACACGUGAUAAUCACCGAUAAUGACAUCACCAAAUUAUGGUGAUACUAGCUGAUAAAUUUCUAUGAAAAUCACCGAUAUAUGUUUGUAAUAAUCACCAGUAAAAUGUAUGUGAUAUUCACCGGUAAUCACAUCACGUAAUUAUGGUGAUGUUGCCUAUAAAUGUAUGCCUUUUUCGCCGAUAAAUAUCGACUAAUAACCGAUGUAUAUCAGUGAGAAAUUACUUAUAGUUACCGACCUUAAUCGCCGAUGUAUAUCAGUAUUAAUCACCGUUUAUGUUAAUGAUAUUUAAUGGUGAUUACAUACGGUAAUAUUUAUCGUUUACAUGAUAUUUUGUCUGCAAAAAAAAAACAUUUACAGCCUUACUACAAAAACUUAAACAUCUGUUGAACACUUGUCUAAAAAAAUAUGACCUUAAAAUAAGGUCCGUUUUAAGGUCAUAAUUUUUUAGACAUAUGUUGAACAGACGUUUAAAAGUUUCUGUGGUACGACGGUUAUAAUUUAGUAGAUUUGACCUUCUCGAUUUUAUGUCGGUUUUGUUAAACCUUUGUUUUCAAAUGUUUUUAAGUAAAUUGUAAUUGAGUUUACAAUGCGAUUAUUUUUAGUCAAAAUUGGGAAGUCUUGCGAAAUAAAUUGUUAGUAGAAUUCACAAAAUCUACUCUAUACAUAGUCUUAUGAAAAUUACACGAUUUUAUAUUAUAGCCAAAAAUUGAGUUUGUUAAUUCCCCAAGUAAAAUAUCUAGAUAGUAUAUCUAGAUAGUAUAAUAUUAUAAAGCUGAAAAGUUUGUUUGUUUGUAAGCGCCAAUCUCAGGAACUACUGGUCCGAUUUGAAAAAUUCUUGCAGUGUUAGAUAGCCCAUUUAUCGAAGAAGGCUAUAGGUUGCUUUUUUAUCCAGGUGAUUGAAAUAGUUCCCGCAAGUCGCGGGUGAAACCACCGGCGAAAGCUAGUGAAGUAAUAUAAUGAUUAAGUUCCUA